AUUCACAAACUUUAUGGAACAAUCUAGAUUUUACACUUCAUCAGUCAUCUAGUAUAGGUACUGACCAAGUUGUUAAUGCAUAUAAACCAGACUUAGUAACAAAACUUAAGGCCCGUAGAGCAGCUUUAUACAAAACAUUCAAAUUAACAUUCAACACGUCAAUCGCUAAAACCGUAUUGGUUUUUAUUUAUUUGCACAAUUGGUUACAAUUAAAGCCCAUUAAUCUUUUUCGUAAACAAAACAAUACUAAUACACCAUCCUCAACUUGA